GUUUAUCUUGUCCAUCUAUUUUUGCUUCAUCAGAUUCAGCUAAAUAACAUAUGUUAGAUAAAGGUAUCUAUGAUUAUAUUAUAUAUAUUAGGUCAUUGUUUUAUGCCUAAUGAACAUUAUGAUGAACUUUGUCAUUUUUAUGAUUUCACAGAAAAAAUUAAAAAAUUAUUAUAACUUGAUGAAAUUCCUGAAUUAAGUGAACUAUCAUUUGAAGAAAUUCUUGAAUUAGAUUCUUUAAAAUCAGAUUCAAGAAUUUCUGAAUUUGAAGUUGUAGAAUAAACUCCAGAAUAAUAAGCAAGAAGAGCCUAAUUGAUGCAUUAUAUAGAUAUCAUAAAUUAAAAUAGAGCAAAAGUAUUGCCAAAUGGAGAAUUAUAAUUACCAAAUGGAAAAAUGUAAAAUCAAUAUUAAAUUUGAUAGUCUUGGCCAUAGAUCCUUAAAAUAAUUUUAUGAUUAAAGUCAUGUUGUGCCUUUACCUUAAAAAAAUAAUCAUUUGCCAUUGUAAUACUAAACUUAAGAGGCUAUAAAGAAUGUUGGAAAUGAUUCUAUUUGA